AUCCAACUAAAUUUUAGCGAACUGCUAGGGCGCACUCCACUUUCCGUUCUCUGCCUCGUAUUUUGUGUGUGUGUGUUUUCCUUGAGAAUCAAAAUACUACUACUAAUUAAUGCGAAGUUCUAAUCAGAAAAGAAGUUUUUGGCUCAAAGAAGUGCAAAUCUUUCUGGUUCUUCAGGUCGUCUCUCCCAGUGUUCAAAUUUGCAGAUAUAGGCUGACUAGAGUGUAAGUUCGUAAUGGCUUCUCUAUGUUUCAGAGGACUUCGUACUCAUUCGUCUAUCCUUUGUCCAUCUUCUCUCUUCUCCACAAGCAAUGGUGUAUUCUUUUGCACAAUGCAAACCACAAAAACUGAAAAAACCAACACAAGAACUGAUAAAACUAAAAGAACACAGAUUAAAGCAUCUACGAGUACUAGUACUAAGCUGGUCAAAGAAAAUGAGCAAAGGUUAAAUGAUUAUGAAGCCGUUAUAGGUAUAGAGACACAUGUCCAACUUUCAACUCUAACUAAAGCCUUUUGUAGCUGCCCUUACAACUACGGGUCUCAACCAAACACUACUGUUUGUCCAAUUUGUAUGGGUCUACCUGGUGCAUUGCCAAUAUUCAAUUCGAAGGUUAUCGAGUGUGCAGUAAAACUAGGACUUGCACUUAACUGCAAACUGGCAAUGACUUCAAAGUUCGAUAGGAAACAAUAUUUUUAUCCUGAUCUUCCUAAAGGUUAUCAGAUUUCACAAUUCGAUGUUCCGAUUGCAAGUGGUGGUUAUGUCGAUUUGGAUCUUCCUCUUGAGUUUGGUGGUGGGCAUAGAAAGUUUGGAAUAACCAGGGUUCACAUGGAAGAAGAUGCUGGGAAGUUGAUGCACUCUGAAACUGGGAUGUACUCGCAGGUGGACUUGAAUAGAGCAGGGGUACCGUUGCUUGAGAUAGUUUCAGAGCCUGAUAUGAGAACUGGGAUCGAGGCUGCUGAAUAUGCGGCUGAGAUACAAAGGUUGGUUCGCUAUUUGGGAGUGGGUAAUGGCAAUAUGCAGGAAGGUUCGCUGCGGUGUGAUGUGAAUGUAUCGGUCCGGCCUAUAGGGCAGGCAGAGUUUGGAACGAAGGUCGAAAUAAAGAACAUGAACUCAUUUUCAGCCAUGCACAGGGCAAUCGAUUUCGAGAUUUCUAGGCAGGUUCUUCUCCACAAUCAAGGCCUGGCUGAUCAAAUUGUACAGGAAACUCGACUUUGGGAAGAGGGUGCUCAGAAAACGGCAACAAUGAGGAAAAAAGAGGGACUUGCGGACUAUCGGUAUUUUCCUGAACCGGACCUUCCAGAAGUGGUUCUGACGGAGGACUAUGUCGAAAGUAUUCGUGCAUCUUUGCCUGAACUUCCAGAAAUGAAGCGCCGGAGAUUCGAGAAUAUGGGCCUCAGCAUGCAGGAUGUUUUGUUCCUUGCUAACGACACGAAUGUCUGCAAGUUUUUCGAGUCUGCUGUUGACAAAGGUGCUGAUGUGAAAAUGGCGGCCAAUUGGAUCAUGGGUGAUAUUGCUGCUUAUUUGAAGAAUGAAAAACUCUCUAUAACAGAAAUUAAACUUACACCACAGGAGCUGGCUGAACUAAUAUCCUUCAUCAAAGGUGGAAUUAUCAGCGGAAAAAUUGGGAAAGAUAUAUUAUUUGAGAUUAUAGCAAAAGGUGGAACUGUCAAAGCUGUCAUUGAAGAAAAGGAUUUGGUUCAGAUAACAGAUCCUAGUGAGAUUGAAAAAAUGAUUGUGAAGGUGAUUGAGGAGAAUCCACAGCAGGUGGAGAAAUAUCGUGGUGGCAAAACCAAGUUGCAAGGCUUUUUUGCUGGGCAGGUAAUGAAGGCAUCAAAAGGUAAGGCCAAUCCAGUGCUGUUGAACAAAAUCCUAUUAGAGAAAUUACACGCAAAAAGCUGAUGAGUUACAGCAAUCAAAAGGAAGCUGGGAAGUUAAAGAGAGAAGGACCCAGAUUCAAUUUCUUCUUAAACUGACAGACCCGAUGACUAAAUGUUAAUAGCAGAAUGACAAUUGUUACUAAGAAUCUAUAAGGAGUCUGGUUACAAAGAACGGUUUCAAAAAGGCUGAGCAUGCACUUUACAAAGGCAACAAAAGGACUGGAUACUGCAGAUACUUGGUUGAGAACAGCAAAUGCACUUGUGUUGGAGUUCAAAGGAAAAGCCAAAAUGGUGGCCAUCACACCAAGACCCACAAGGACUUUUGCCUUCUUGCAUAAACAGCUUUUUCCUGCUCUCUCCCUUUAUAUCAGUUGUUGGUCUUCACUACCGUAAAAACAAAGUUGAUGGUUAAGCCACAAUUUCAUCAAAUUUCAAUUGUGGUUCCUUUGUUGCGUAAAUUGCUAAAACCCGGCGAAGCGAGUUGCACAAC